UGACGACGUUUGAAUGUCAGUGUCACUCACACACACACGCGUGCGCGCGCGCGCCUGACCUUGUAGCCAGGCUGUAGUGGGCGCGCAGAGGCUCUGUUAGGACCCUCCAUAACAGAACACGGCGCAAAGCACAAACCAAGGCGCUUCAUUCGAGGCCAAAGGGUGAGAACCUGCAGCUCUGCGGAGGAGCUCAUGGCGAGGCGCAGAGGAAAGAGCAGCAGUAAGCAAGACGAUAGCUGGUUACCUGUAGAGCCAUCUGCCAUACAGACAUCUCGGGGGUUCAAUGAGUAUGUCAUCCCGGGUGUUUUGUUGCUUAUCAUCGCUGUCGGUGGGUCAGGAUUCUUCUGGGUCUGUAGCGAUCACCAGCAAACUAUUGACACACUGUCAGAAACGCUGGCGUCCACGCAGGCCAGAAUAACCAGGCUGCAGCAGCAGUUAGGGCCUGAUAACGCACAGCUUGCUAAUGUUGGUGAAUUUGAAGAGCGCCUGGUGGCUCUGGAGGAUGCCUAUGCUAAAGCACAGAGACAGGUUGAACUCGCCCUUGCCACAUCCGAGCAAAUCAAGUCCAUAGACCUUCAAAGCAAAGUGUGGUCCCUUCAAGCUGAGAUGAACAACAAACUCGCAGAGCUCCAGCAGAACACUAUUUCCAUUGCUGCAAUGAAUGCCAUCAUUAAGAACAAGAGCACUGAGUUUGAAGUUGUGAAGCAGAGCGUUAACACCAUGUUAAAUGCUAAUACUGAACUAGCCAUGCAUAUCUCUGGGUUUUCUAGCAUGCUUUCAGUCACCAAGGUACGUUUGGAUGAGCAGAUCUCCAUCGUGGAUGGUCUCACGUCUAGAUUGGAGGGUCAAAAGGAGGAAAUCAAUGAAAUAAAGGAGUUAUUUGCCAGCAACAAGGAAUCACUUUCUACAAAUGCACAGCAGUUGAUGGAUAUCAAAGAACUGCUAGAAUCGGAGCAAAUUAAGCGGACACAAAAUCUUGAGAACCGGCUGCGGUCUUUGUAUAAGCGUCUGAAAGAUCAUCAGAUGAAUACAGAGUCUCUUCAUUUCCAUCUCGCAGCCCAGGUGGAGGCCUUACAGAUCCAGUUUUUGAAACCCAGCAGACCUGAAGGGGAGCUUCCGGUUGAGGAGCAGUUAACCACAUCUGACAAAAAAGAGAAAGAAGCAGCGAAAACAGAGUUGGAAAAUACAGAACAAGAAGAAUUUGCAGAGGAGCAAGAGAUUAAAGAGGAGGAACAAGAGAUUACAAUGGAAGAACAAGAGUUUACAGAGGAAGACAAAGCAACAGAAGAGGAUGAAUUUAAUAGGGAGCAAGCAGCUGUUGAAGUUGAGACAAGUGUAGAGGAACCUCUAGCAGAGAUUAAAACUUCUUCAGAGAAACUGGACAUUAAAAUUGAAGAGGAUGUUGCUGAGGAACAGAAAGAGGUGGAUAUUACUGAAGAGAUGGAGAUGUUACGAAAUACACAUAUGGUAAUGAAUGAAAGAGAGGAGACAGUUGUAGAUGAGAUCCAGACAGCUUUGGAGGAUUCAGAAAGCGUGAUUGUUGAACCAGGGGAGAUUGUGGAUGAGAAGGUAGAGGCCCCUGUUGAUGAAGAGAUUGAAAUUUAUUCGGAGAUGAUGAACACAGCCCCAAGUGAAACAGAGAAGCAAACUCCUUUAGAGGAUUCAGGCACUACCGAUACUGAAAGUUCUGCUGUGGAGAAGCAAGUAGAUGCAGCUCCGGCACAGGAAAUGCAGACAGAUUCAGAGGAAAUGGACAUGGUUUCAAAUAUAAAUGAGGUUUUUAGUGAGGAAAAUGCUGAGCAUGCUGCAGAAGAAAUCCACAGUGUUUCAGAUGAGAUAUCAACUGCAGAAAUUAAGAUCCAGGUAAAUGGUGCAGAGCAAGAAUCUGCUGUGGAGGAGAUUCAGAUUCUUGCAGAUGAGACAGAUAUUGCCACUGAUGAGAAUCUAGACAAUCAACUGGGAAACGAUAUUCCAGCUGAGACUGAGCAGGAAGCAGUAGACUAGAUGACAUCAGUCCCUGCUGAGGAAUCAGUUGCCUCUGAGAAAUCAAUAAAAGAAGCAUAAUGGCUGAAGGAGAAUGAAGAGCACAUUAACAAUUUCUCAUGUCUGCUACUCAUAUUAACUUUUAAGGACUCUUGUAUGAGUGUGAUCUUAUACUCUGAGAAAUGUUCAUACCCUAGAAAGUCUUUUGAUUCGGCGUCUGCAAGAACACAAAGGUUUUAUACUGUAUAACAGUAAAUUGUGUAACCUUUAAUUGAAUUACUUUUUCUAAGGGUGUCAUUUGCAUUGAUAUUUUGAUUAAAAAAAGAUUGCUUGAGA